ACAGUUCGCCACUUUCUACUGCUUCCCUGACCUAGCACCACUGCAGCAGAGCAAGAGAUGGGAGACACAGGCAAAGAAGAGUAUAAAAUACACUCAUUUGAUGUAGAGAUUCAGCAGUUACUGAAAACAGCCCUCAAAGACCCCAGCAGUGUAGACCUGGAGAAAGUGGCCAACGUAAUUGUGGACCAGUCCCUUGAAGACUGUGUGUUCAGCAAAGAGGCUGGGCGUAUCUGCUAUACCAUCAUUCAGGCGGAGAGCAAGCAGGUUGGCCAGAGUGUCUUCCGGCGAAGCCUUCUCAACCGACUUCAGCAGGAAUACAAGGACCGUGAUGAACUGCGAGCCCGUUCCCUCCAGGCGUGGGUCUGUUAUGUCACCUUUAUCUGUAACAUCUUUGACUAUUUGAGGGUCAACAACAUGCCAAUGAUGGCAUUGGUGAACCCGGUUUAUGAUUGCCUGUUCCGACUGGCCCAGCCUGACAGCUUGCAGAAGGAGGAAGAGGUGGACUGCCUGGUGCUGCAGCUGCACCGUAUUGGGGAGCAGCUUGAGAAGAUGAACUCUCAGAGGAUGGAUGAGCUCUUUUCCCUCCUAAGAGACGGCUUCCUGCUGCAGGAGGGGCUCAGCUCCCUUUCCCAGCUGCUCCUGCUGGAGAUCAUUGAGUUCCGGGCUGCCGACUGGAAGAUGACGGAAGCGGCCCAGAAAUACUAUUACAGCGAGGUCACAGAUUGAGCGGGC